UGGACAAUUUUGAACUUCACAAUCAAGAUAAUGGGCAUUAUAAAAAAUGCCUAAACAAAUAAUUGAAAUAAAGAUAUUUUCUUGAAUUUAUUCCCUGUUUUCGGCAAUAUUCUUGAAAGUUUAAUUCUGGGUGCUUUAAUUAGAGCCACUGCCAACAAGCAUAGAUUCUCUUCUAUGCUGUAAAUCUAGAGUCCCCCAACCUCAACGGCUCAGGGAAAUUCAUGGAAUGAAUGUGCUCUUGUGGUUUUUAUUUUCUGUUCAUUUCAUAUUGCAUACAAGGUGUCCUUGAAAAUUCCCAGCUGCAAUUUUAUCUUCACCGGCUAUGAUGAGCUAUGCAAAUUCGUCUGUGGGCUCUGGAAGUAGAACAGCUAGAAGGACAUUUGAGUUUGGGAGGACAUACGUGGUGAGGCCUAGAGGGAAACAUCAGGCAACAAUAGUUUGGCUACAUGGCCUUGGCGAUAAUGGCUCAAGCUGCUCACAACUUUUGGAAAGUCUUCCCCUUCCAAAUGUAAAAUGGAUAUGCCCUACUGCUCCUAGUCGCCCAGUGGCUAUGCUUGGUGGAUUUCCUUGCACUGCAUGGUUUGAUGUGGGAGAGCUUUCUGAAAACGGUCCAGAUGAUUUGGAGGGUUUAGAUGCUUCAGCAGCACAUAUUUCAAACUUAUUAUCUACAGAACCUUCUGAUGUUAAGCUUGGGGUUGGAGGCUUCAGCAUGGGUGCUGCAAUAGCCCUCUAUUCUGCAACUUGCUUUGCUCAUGGAAAAUAUGGAAAUGGCAAUCCUUACCCUGUCACCCUAAGGGCUAUUGUUGGUCUAAGCGGGUGGCUUCCUGGUGCUAGCAAUGUGAGAAACAGAAUUGAAGGAUCACAUGAGGCUGUAAGGCGUGCUGCAUCUAUUCCGAUUUUGCUCGGUCAUGGACUCUGUGAUGACGUGGUUCCUCAUACAUACGGAGAGAGGUCCUUCCACGCCUUGAGCUCAGCUGGAUUUCGGAACAUAGUAUAUAAAUCAUAUGACGGGCUUGGUCAUUAUACCGUGCCUAAGGAGAUGGAAGAGGUCUGCAGUUGGCUGAAUACGAGGUUGGGGGUUUAGGAUUGGCGAUUUCAAGUUCUCACUGUCAGAUUGAAGUUGCUGAGGAUCAAUGAGUGGUUAGCUAUCUAUAACAAGGGAAAACAUACAUACUAGUAGACAGAGACAUGGUAGUUAGCUGUGGCUUGCGUGGUGAAUUCUGUAGUAAAUAGUAUUCCUUCCAGUUUUGUUAUGUUUUUUCUGCAGUAAAAUAAUGGUUUUGUUGAAUUCAGUAGUAAAUAGCAAUUUACCAUUCAGUUUUUGUUAUGUUUUUCUUGCGGUAAAAUAAAGAUUUUGAAUUGGUACUAA